AUGGCUGCUACUAUCCGUACCGAUCUUCCAGCUCCCAUUGGGGACAAGCAGCUGGAGAAGAAGCCCAUCAAGUUCUCCAACUUGCUUCUCGGCGCCGGUCUCAACCUCUUCGAAGUGACCACCCUCGGACAGCCUCUCGAGGUCGUCAAGACCACCAUGGCUGCCAAUCGAGGUGACAGCAUGGCUGCGGCUUUGGGACGCGUCUGGGCCCGUGGUGGUCCCCUGGGCUUCUACCAAGGUCUCAUUCCCUGGGCCUGGAUUGAAGCUUCCAGCAAGGGCGCCGUCCUUCUCUUUGUCGCCUCCGAGGCCGAGUACUACGCACGUGUCGCUGGUGCCUCUGAGUUUGGCGGUGGUAUCAUUGGUGGUGUCACCGGUGGUGUUGCCCAGGCUUACGCCACCAUGGGUUUUUGCACCUGCAUGAAGACGGUCGAGAUCACCAAGCACAAGAUGGCUGCCACCGGUGUCAAGCCCCAGUCAACCUUCCAGACCUUUGCUGAGAUCUACCGCAAGGAGGGUAUCCGUGGCAUCAAUAAGGGUGUCAACGCUGUCGCUAUCCGACAGAUGACUAACUGGGGUAGUCGAUUCGGUCUCAGCCGUCUCGCUGAGGGUUGGAUCAAGUCCCUCACUGGCAAGAAGGAGGGCGAGAAGCUGUCCGCUGGUGAGAAGGUCAUCGCCAGUGCUCUUGGUGGUGGUCUCAGCGCCUGGAACCAGCCCAUUGAGGUUAUCCGCGUUGAGAUGCAGAGCAAGAAGGAGGAUCCCAACCGUCCCAAGAAGAUGACGGUCGGCAACACCUUCAGGUACAUUUACGACACAAACGGCAUCAGGGGUCUUUACCGUGGUAUCGCUCCCCGUAUUUCUCUUGGUAUUUGGCAGACUGUCUGCAUGGUUGCUUUUGGCGAUAUGGCGAAGACUUAUGUUGAGAAGCUGACCGGCGAGUCGGUCACCGCUAAGCAUUAG